AUGUCAGAGUAUUAUUUUAUUUGUUCUAAACUUUUAACUGAAGGUGAAAUUGUUACUGUACAACAUGGUAUGAAGACAUUAAUCAAUGCAAGUACUGAAAGAGCUGAUGAAUUUACAGAAUAUCUUAAAGAGCAGAAAUCUGUGACCAUACAUGUGGAGUGUCGUAAAAAUUAUACUCGAAAGUGUUCUAUAGCAGCUAUUAAAAGACAACAUGAAGUCCAAGAAGCCAGUACAUCUAUUGUAGGUCCUCCUCGUACUAGAGCACGUGUAAGGGAAUUAGCUUAUUGUUUAAUAAAACAAUGCUUAUUUUGCAGUCAGGAAUUGAAUGAAGAGUAUGAGAAAAGAAAAUCCUUGGAUUCUCGCCCUACGACUCGUUCUGAUGCUAUGGCAAAUGCUGUUCUUGCUCGACUCGAAUUCGAAAACGAUUUAAUUGCUGCUGAGGCUGAUUGCUUUAUUUCCUUCUUGAAACCGCACACUGGGGUUAAAGUCGGUCGUCCUCAAGAUGAAACUACGAAUCUGGCAAUGAAGGAAAAAUUCACUUACAUCGAAAAUAGCGAUUACCGUCAGUUUACUAUGAACGAAUUAAGAAAUGUUUGCAAAACUACAACUGUAGAUAACCGGACGCUAAAGGUACGAUUGAAGCUAAGGUAUGGUAAUAAAAUUAUUAUCACUGAAAAAUCGGGAACAUCAACAUUCAUAUGCUUAGUAGACAAUCAUCAUGAUAUUUUGAAUCAAGCUUGGUAUGAAAAGAAAAAUUGA